CCCUUACCAAGAUGUCCGCCUUGUAGUAGCCCGCUCAACAUUUGAAUAAUAACAUCGGCAACGCUGCCACGGCCCGAUGCUUUAACAGCGACCAGUAAUUAUUAUCACACAACGUCGCCAUGACAUUGAAAUAUUUAUAAACUGAAGAAACAACGUUUUUGCGGGGCUCCUUGCCGCACGCUUUCUGCAGGCACCACGCCCGUAGCCACCCCGCCCCGCGAGGACCCCCGGACGCACGUGGAUCUGUGCCCUUGGUUCCCGGCUCAAACUGCCCGGCCCAGCGACACGGACUCCAACACGAGGCCUCCUCGCCCGGCCAUGGACUUCACUGGCGAUUUCGGCGACGUCGCCGGUGCUGCAGGCGGCAAGGUGGACACCGGCAUGCUCAUGGAGCAAGUGAAAGUUCAGAUCGCUCUGGCGAACGCUCAGGAACUCUUGCAGAGGAUGACAGACAAAUGCUUUAAGAAGUGCAUCAGCAAACCCGGGACGUCCCUCGACAAUUCCGAACAGAAGUGCGUAGCGAUGUGCAUGGAUCGCUACAUGGACGCGUGGAACACGGUGUCCCGGGCAUACGGCACGAGGCUACAGCACGAGCACGCAAACAUGUGAAUCGUUAAGACACAGGUGGCGAAUAUGAGGACUACUCUGGCAUUGGGGGGGGAGGGGGAACACGGAAACUUUACAUUGGGCUCUUUUUAUAUAUAUAAAAAAGUUUCCUCUGUUUCAAUGUUACUCAUAUGCUAUAUAUGAAGUAUAAGUUGUUUCAAAAUAUUUUUGAUCAAUGAAACAAAUUCUGCAUGGUCAACACGAGCAAGAUCACACAGAAUGUGUGAUCCAUCCGCAUUCAGUUGGCUGACCCUGUUUCAGUGUGGGGUACACAAGUUCAUUGAAUAAAUGAAAUGUUUUCGGUGUACUUGUCUUUAAAACUAUAUGGGCAUCUCGAAUGCAUCAUGUUUCUAUGGUAGUAAAUGGUUUUGCAUGUGUGACAUGGAUGCAACAGAUUCUGAAGUUAAAAUAAUUAUGAAUCUGCCAAAGUAACUAUUAAAGCCAGAAUGUAAAUUAUUCUUUCAUUAGGGGUUAAGUUGUGGUGUCUUGCGUAAAAAUUGUCUUCUUUAAAGAAAAAGCUGAGAAAAUGUAACAGGGACAUCUUGUGGAUGUUAAAUUUAUUGUGUACUUAACAUCGAUUUAGCUUAUUAUUUUACCUCGUAUAGUUUUUGAGCUUGUGUACCGAACCUGAAGCUAUGCUGCCUCAUCGGGUGUAGUUAGGGUACAUCCUUUAUAAUUUAAUAUUCAUAUGAUUGGAAUCUGGGUUCAAAUUUGACUGACAUACAGGGUUGUAUAAUUAAAUCAGCUUUCACUGCACGAUAUAGCUUUGAAAACGUAAACACCUUAUUAUAUCAUCCAAUGUUCUAAUGCUAUGGAAUAUUACAAAACACUUGAAAUUAUAUAGAUAUUUUACCAUUGUCACAUUUAUUGUGGUCCAGUCUGGGUUCUCUAACUUAUGAAUCUCGUCAUCGUAUUGUCAAACAAGUUAAGAUCUGUAGAUUUGAAAAGCUGAACCUGAUGUGGCCUAAAUACCUGUUGUUCGAGAAGCCUUUUUGCAUGUACUGCGAUGUUAAUAAACGAGAUACAAUGCCGAUUCUUUGCUCUGGAAUUGUCUGGUAAUUAAAGAACGGUGCAUGUACUUUCGAGAUUGUAUAAUUACCACCUGCGGGGUUGUGCUACGCAAGUGGUCAGCAGAGGGCAGUGCAGAAAAAUCCCUUGUGCUUGCAUGUCACUUCUCUCUGCCUGCAUAAACCGCAAUGACCAACGUGAGUGAAGUGUGGUCAAAUAAACUCCCGCGACCCACAAUGCGUGGGGAGGCCCUCAUACUUGAGUCGGUUACACAGUACAGCAAAAAUUGUAAAUUACCGCAAUGGUCUCGGCUACUAUGUUGUGAUGCAGAAACCCAGCAGUGUAAUGGAUAACAGCGAUUCAUCAAUAACUAAUGGUGUGUAUUUUACUGUUUCUUCAGGAAGUAAGAUGUGAAGAAAAUAACAUGAGAAACUAGCAGUAUUUAGUAAAAACGUACAAUUAGCGUAGACCGUGUUAUGUAAUAUUGUGUUGCUGUAUCGUGGAAACCCUAAUGCAGUAGACCGUGGAGGGGAAAACAUUACUUGAAAGUUGGCAUUUUUUUUACGCUAACACCUCCGACAGGAAAUACAAUACUAUACAGUGUCUUCGGGUAAUUGCAUGAGGUAUUAUUUUAAUGCAUUACUUAAGCAUAUGCAUUGCUUGGAAUUUCACAUGUUGCAAGUUUUUUCGCUUUUUAAAACGUAUGUGUACACAACUUUAAAAAUGAAUUGCCUAUGCUGUUCUGUAUUGUAAAAUAUCAGCCAUCAAUGGUGUUUGUGGUGUAAGGGUGAAAUGGUUAUAGCUCGACUUGAGUGCCAUGGUAAAGUCAUGUGGUGCUAUGUCUUGCAGGGUGCGGAAUAUGCCCUUUGGUCAUGAACGUGAUGCGAUGCAAAAUAGGUUCAGAAGUUAUGCUCUUGAAUAAAAGUGCAAGAUUAA